GCGUGUUCUGCAGAGGACCUCUAGUGUUGAGACACCGACCGGAACGAAGCUCAAUUGCACGAGAAUGCGGCAUGGAAGCCUCGGGCAGCCGGUCCGGGCUUCAAACACCGGCGGACGGUGCUUCAGGAGCGCGGGGUUUUGAUUUGUCUGGUCAGGAGAAGGAAGCCUCAAAGGCCGGGGGACGGGCGUCGCGAGGGAACUGGCUGGGUACUCAUCCUACGUUCACAAAGAUGAUGUCAUUGGAUGUGGCUGACAGCAGUAGUGUGUAUGCUGCUUUCUUAGUGUACUUAGACCUCUUAGAAGUUCGAAACUGGUAUGAGGUGUCCUUCUUUGGACUAGCAGAAUUCCAGCUUGUGGGCCUUCGUGGGCGAGAGAGAGAAGCCGAAGAUUUUCAAGUGGUGAUGCCAACUCCUGUCCACGUGUCUUUCAGCCACGAGAGGCUGAGGCAGAUCAUGAAGAGAGCAUGCGCUUUGGAGAACAAUCCUGAUUCCUCCCUGUCCCUAACAUUGGCCAUAGUUGAAUCAGACUCUACAAUAGUCUACUAUAAACUGACAGACGGUUUCGUAAUGCCAAACCCUCCUGAGGAUACCAAAGAAAUGGAUGAUAAACAAUGGAAGAAGAAGAAAAGAAAGAAAGCAUGGAGACACUAGGGAGGUGAACAGCCGUGUCUGUGCUGGUCUGCUUCGGAUCCAGAUCAGCUGGGAAUUAAAAGGUGGAAGAUGGAACAUCUGUUCUGAAAAUCCUCUCUGAGACUUGGAAAUUGGCAGGCUGUUGAAGUGCGGAUCCUGUAUGACACUGGAACAUCAAAAAUGCUAUUGACCAGUUCAAGAAUCUGUGCUUUCCUCAUCUGUAACUUCAAGUUUUCAAACUGUGUUUUUUUAAAAAAAGAAAACUUCAGCCUGGAACAAAAGGAAAUGCUUUUGUUUCUGUAGGCACCCAGGAGUGCUUAAUUUCUUAAAGCAUUGCCUUCCUCCCCCUUUCUUUCAAAUUCCUUUAUGCAUGCUCCCAAAAAGUCUUCACAACAUCUGUUACAUUAAACUGCUUGAAUGCAGGCUCCUUGUGGAGUAAAGCGGUGCUCAGCAAAGUUUGCUGUAAUUCAUGUUCAUGCAAGGCAAACCCCACCUGCCCUUUUUGCUCAGAGGUGCUGCAGAUGGGAGAAGAUUAUCUCAUUUAUGGGGAACUGCUGCCUCCAGAGCUUUGAAGGGUGCCCUCCCAACUGACUCCGAGUUUGCCAACAGUAUUAAUAAAUACUUUUUGUGCAUUUUAA